AUGAAUGGACGGUCUUUGGCUGGCGGCGCUGGUGACGCCUCUGCUGUUCCUCUUUGGAGGAACCCUUUUGGAAAUAAAGCUGGUGAGGCAACACGCGGAGGCUUCUCCCGGCUAAAGCUGGCCUGGGCCCGGGGGCCGCCGGAACAGGGGCCAGGGGAAGAGAUAGCCAUGGAGGACAGCCCCACUAUGGUUAAGGUGGACCGGGGUGAAAACCUGACCUCACCGCGUCGAAGGAGAAGGCGCCUUCCCAAGGCUCUUGGCUAUGUCACCGGUGACAUGAAAGAAUUUGCCAGCUGGCUUAAAGACAAACCCCAAGUGCUCCAGUUCUUCGACUGGAUUCUGCGGGGCCUGUCCCAGGUGGCGCUUGUCAACAACCCCAUCAGUGGAAUCCUGAUUCUUGUGGGACUCCUGGUCCAGAACCCCUGGUGGGCUCUCAAUGGCUUUAUAGGAACCGCGGUCUCCACCCUGACAGCCCUGAUGCUCAGUCAGGACAGGUCAGCAAUCGCAGCCGGGCUGCACGGCUACAACGCCACCCUCGUGGGGAUACUUAUGGCCGUCUUUUCAAACAAGGGAGACUACUUCUGGUGGCUGCUAUUCCCUGUCUCUGUGAUGUCCAUGACUUGUCCAAUUUUCUCAAGUGGGUUGAACUCCGUGUUCGGCAAAUGGGACCUCCCUGUCUUCACCCUGCCCUUCAACAUGGCAUUGACCAUGUACCUUUCGGCCACAGGACAUUACAAUCUGUUCUUCCCAGGAAAAUUGUUCUCACCCAUAACCUCGGUUCCCAAUGUCACCUGGUCUGACCUCAAUGGCCUGAAGUUACUGAAAUCCCUGCCUGUGGGUGUUGGUCAGAUAUACGGCUGUGACAAUCUGUGGACGGGGCUCAUUUUCCUGUGCGCCAUCCUGCUUUCCUCCCCACUCAUGUGCCUGCACGCUGCAAUCGGGUCGGCGAUAGGGGUAGCAGCAGCGCUCAGCCUCUCGGCUCCAUUCGAGAGCAUCUACUUUGGACUCUGGGGUUUCAACAGCUCUCUGGCCUGCAUUGCAAUUGGAGGGAUGUUCAUGGCGCUCACCUGGCAAACCCACCUCCUGGCUCUCGCCUGUGCCCUGUUCACUGCCUACCUGGGAACCAGCAUGUCACAUCUGAUGGCUGUGGUCGGACUGCCAUCUGCCACCUGGCCCUUCUGUUUGGCCACACUACUGUUCCUCUUGCUGACCACGAAAAACCCCAACUUCUACAGGAUGCCCCUCAGUAAAGUCACUUACCCUGAAGAAAACCGUAUCUUCUACCUACAAGCCAAGAAAAUGUUGGUGGACAGCCCUCUGUGAGAGCAACUUUCAUCCACAACGGUGGUCACGGUCAUUUCUGACUAACUGCCCCAGUUGGCUUCCAGUCUCAGCAAAUAGUUGUUUUUCACUAGUAACCUCUUUCCUGCUAACCCACCAGCUAUCUGUUCUUAAGCUCAUUUUGCAGUUUUCUCUUAGACUUCAGGGACAUCCCUAAACAUGUGAGAGACGCAUCGGGACCACACGCUCUGGCUAUGGAAUGUUAAACCCUCGCGGGGCAUUGGCAUGAAGACUGGAAUGUAUUUACAAAGCCAAAAUGCUCCAGCAGAAAGAGGAACUGAGACUAGAGCUAAUUAUUGAUAUUUAUUGAUGUUUUUUAUGUUUGGUUGGCUAGAUGGUGUUAACAGUAUUAAAAAUUAAGCUCUGUAAACCAAAUAAAGCCUUAAGGAAAUGGAAUUCAUGGUCAUAAAAUCGAAGUCAACCCCGAAAUCUCAGAUAAGCUGUUUGACUUGUGAAAAAUCAAUGCAAGUUACACAUGAUAAGCUGUGGUCAGCAUGGCGAGGCCACCUGAUUGCUGAGCUUGCUCCCGGCUCCUCAGCAGGACGGCCUCUGUGUUGUCAAUGCGUGGAUUUCACUUGCAGAAGAUGGUUGUUUCUUUUCAGGCUAACAGAGCUGCAUUAGGGAGAAAGAAUUUCUGUCAGUCAACAUUAUUCUGUAUUGUUACUUUUCUUGGAGAUUGCAAGGGAUUUUUUAGGAGGAGUUUAUUAUCUUUUUCUUGUGAGAAUGGAUUUGUCUUCAAUGAGAUAAGAGAAGUUCUUGGCUUAACCAGUUCCUAAAUAGUAUAGAAAGUUACAUUUUUAAAAAGAUUUUUUAAAAAUUGAUUUCAGAGAGAGGAAGGGAGAGGGAAAGAGAGAUAAGAACAUCUAUGAUGAGAAAGAAUCAUUGAUUGGAUGCCUCCUAUAGGCCCCCUACGGGGUGAGAAGACACAACCCAGGCAUGUGCCCUGACGGGGAAUUGAACACGGCAACCCCCAAGUGAACACAACGCCCAACCAACUGAGCCACAACGGCAGCCAGGGCUAAAAAAGUUACAGUUUAAUAAAAUAUUCGGCAUAGCUAUUUUUACUUUAAUCCUUAAAUUAAUCUUGUAAAUGUCAUGAAUGUGUAGAAUUAAGUCAUCAGCAACUGAGGGCCCUUUAAAAUCAUAUUUUCAAUUCCUUUGAGGAUAUCUUACAUGUUACAAAGACUGAAAGUUACAGUGAGAUUGCUUCUAGGUGUUUAGAAGUUGUUAAAUUUUGACUUUAAAAAGUGUAUUAUUUUCUGAACACUCAAAAUAUUCUCUCUCAGAAACCAAUGAUAUUUGAGCCACCAAAAAGACACCCAGUUAAAGGAUUCUCCCAUUUUUCUUUUAAAAGUUAUCCGUUCUAUAAAGAUUUUAUAGCCAAAUGGGCUGGAGAUGGCGGUAGAAAGUUCUGCCAAUCCCCUUCUCCUUCAGUUUGUAUCAGUUCAAUAUGGAGAAUGCAGAAAGAGAAACUGUGGAAUCUUAAAGGACUUUCCCUCUUCGGGUUUGCAGUGCUCCAGUGCAAAAUAUACAUGCAGCUGGUGUGGCUCAGUGUUUAAGGGUCAACCUAUGAACCAGGAGGUCAUGGUUUGAUUCCUGUUCAGGGCACAUGCCCCGGUUUCCGGCUCAAUUCCCAGUGUGGUGGCAGGCAGGAGGCAGCUGAUCGAUGAUUCUCUCUCAUCACUGAUGUUUCUAUUUCUCCCUUCCUCUCUGAAAUCAAUAAAAAUAUAUUUUAAAAAAUAUUUAUAUAUACAGUUUGCUGAAUCAAUAAACAUGCAUAAAAAGGGAAGUAAACCUACAAAUACUUGAGGGAGAGUUCACUUCUUCCUUUUCUCAGGAAAACAAACAUUGUUCCAGUUUAAAAACCCUGUGACCAAAGCCUUUUGCAACUGUCAUAGAGUCACGUAUAUUCCUGUGGAAAAACUAAAUUUUCAGUGUUUGAACUGAAAUCUCUCUGGUUAGGGAAUCUGUGAAAUAGGGCUUGGGGGAGGGGGCGCAGGACUAAAGGCCAGCAUGACCACGGAUGACCCGGAGGAAGAACCUGGGCGGUGUGAGUGAACCAGAGGCCUCUGAAAUGUCUCCAAGUCGAAUCUUCAGAAUGGGCCUCCCCAGUGUGCUAAUUACAGGCCUCCCAUGAGCUCACACAGGUUUGUAAAUAGGAACAUUUCAAAGCCUUGUACAUUGUCUAAUUUAAAAGGUAUUGAUUUUCACAAGCAAUUUUUGUUACUAAGUAUUAGCCUGAUCUCAGUGAGUAUUUUUUGCGUUUUCUUAGGGACCACUUGUAUUUUUUCCUAUUGUCUGUAAUAACAAAUUUCUUUGUAAGAAUAUGAAUAAAUUAUAAUCACAACUCA